ACAUUGUAAACUGCAGAGUCUCAGUUUGGAGUUCAGAUGGUGAACGGCCACAGUGAAUCUGGCAGCGCGCGGCGCAGUGGGACAACCUUUACGCACGAGACACACUCCCGACUGCAUUAAGGAUUUGGAGAAACUCUCUUAAAGGCAAAACCCUGAUCUCAUGGUGGCUCCUGUAUCUGCUUGGAGAGGAGAGCGCGGUGAGGUGUUAGCUGAUUGAAUGUCACCUCCUGACACCAUGGAUUACAGCCGGACUAUGGCUCCUCCUGUGCCCCCACACAACCCCAAGCCAAUCCGGCCAGGGCAGGCGCAGGAGCGGCUGCUGAAGUGCAUCCUACUCGGAGACGGAGCGGUGGGCAAAACCAGCCUUGUGGUCAGCUAUACGACGAAUGGAUACCCGACCAAAUACGUCCCCACUGCAUUUGAUGACUUUUCAGGUAAACUAAAACAAAAAAGAGCACAUAUGAAGUUUGUUUUUAUUCAUUAUUCUUAAAAGAGGGAAAUAUCCAUGCAUCAUUGUGCACCAUUCUCCAAGAAUGGGUGUUCUCAUGUAUACUAGAUAUCUUGUGAAUGACUGACGUUUGGUCCCACUGUAGGAAUUGGGCAGGUUUACUCAACUUCCACUGAUAAACCAUUCAGUAUAAUUUCUGUGAUCCCAUUGUUAUGAUAAAUGUGUUUGAGUUGUAUUUUAUCUGUCCUCAUUCAGUCACUGCACAUGAGGUAUCCUCCCUGAUGUAGCCAGCAGGUUUCCAUUUGGCUCAGAGCCACUUUCCAAACUGUCUCACUUGUCCCAGCAAGCUUUGUUUACUUGAAACAAAAAAACAGAGAACAAAAUCACUCAAAGGGGAGACAGGUUUUGAACAGAUAGAAACAAAUCAGCUGUGACUUGUAGAUCACAACUCUGAGCUCAGAUUCGUUUUUUCAAUAAAAGAAAAUUAACUGACAGCUCUGCAAAAUGAAAAAAAACAAACUACUCAUGAACAUCUUUAACCGAAUUGGACACUUGACGUUGUUUCCUGUAAACUCUUGCAUAAGUUUAUUCAUUUUAAUUGUCAACCUCAACGAUUUUCUAUCAUUAUACUGAUGAGCUGUAAAACUAACAACUUGGCCCCAAGAAAUCCAAUAAAACACUCACUGGGAACACACGCCACCCUCAGUCAGGCACUGGCCCAACCCUCCCGUACAGAACAGAGAGCGUCUCUGGUUCAGGGGUUUUAGAUUGCACAACUCUGCCUAUUGUUGUCAGCCUUGACCCCUGGAGCCCUCUCCUCUAUACUGGAAUGGGCACAUCUGUUGCAGUGGCUCAGAGGCUGAGAUUGUCUUUCAGCCGGGGCCUGACAGAGACUGAUUGUGCAGUUAGGGGGGCCCUAAAUGGUGAUGUCAUUUCUAUGUGCCUGGAAUCAGAGCGUCCUCUUGAAAGCUGACUUCUGGGCUGUUACGCAACGCCACAGGUGGUGGCAGAAAGGCAGAGGAGAGGGGACGAUAAGGGCGAGUUUUGGUCUGGAAAAUCAAAGAAGUAUCAUAUGUCAGGGAUUAGGAAAUGAUUACACAAUGGCAGCUCUCUCUCUCUUUCUCCUCCUCUCUCUAAUUUUCCUUUCUUCCCGCUCUUUCUCCUUUGCUUUUGUAAAAACAUGGUGCCAUGAUGGCCUGUCCGUCUACUUGAAAAGUUCCAGCGAACUCUUUGAUCAGGUGGCACGACCGACCACACACUCCAGGCGAAUUGUAAAUGUUUCCAUGUGCCUGCUGCUUCACAUUGUGCUCACUCUUCUGAAAAGAAUCAAUGGCCCCAUAAUGAAACUCCCUGUAAGAUGACUCAUCCACUUUUCCGAUCCUGAAAUGAGGCCUAUUGGAAGAGAGUCACAGCAGAAACAAAAUCUGCUCUGUUUUACCCCCCCUGUAACAACCUUUCAGCGGCCUCGGUCGAAACAGAGAGAGAGAACAAAGCUCACAGAGACUGUUAAGUGUUAUGGUCCCAACUGUGACAGAGUCAGGGUGGGUGGGCGAGAUGGAGCAGGCCGCCUGUGUGCUUGGAGAGCGGACCAGGGGGUCUUUGUGUUUUCAACUGGCAGACUUUUGUUUAUCUCAGAGAAUAAUGUGUGUAGUAAAAUGUGUGUGUCUGAAGUGUCAGGUGGGAGGGCCCUUUAUAGUGAACACAGUCAUUUACAGUCGUCUCAGCAGCUGUGGCUUAUUUUCUCUGUCUGUUUCUGUGUCUACAGCUGUGGUUCAGGUGGAUGGAAACCCAGUGAGACUACAGCUCUGUGACACUGCAGGACAGGUGAGUUCUCUUCACCGGCUAACUCAUACUAUGUCGCUGUUUCACCUGCUAGCUGCAUCACAAUGUGUGAUCGGCAUGCCUCCAAACCCCUGUUAGCUAUGCUAGCAUCAACAAACCAUUUUGACUUAAACUUUUUCUCAUUAAACUGUGGGCUUUUAUUCUUAGUCUAAAGAAAAUCCACAUUCAUGAUCCCUUUGUCCAAACUCAUCUUGGUGCACCACAAAUGGGCACAUUCUCCAUUUGCAUUUUAGCUGAAUCAUUGUUAGCAUGCUGACAUUAGCAUUUAUGCUAAAGCACUUCUGUACAACUAAGACAGCCUCACAAGCUACAACUCUGGGUUAAAUCUAGGGCUGGGUGAUAAAACAAUAACAGUAUCGAAAAUUAGUUUCCCCCAAUGUCAAUAUAAAACAUCGUCAAUAUCGUUUUCUAUAGUUGACGUUCUGCCAUGUUUUGGUAGACUGUACGAAUAGCCAAUGAAAAGGGGAGUUGCUGAACCAAUCAUGUGCUGAAUUAUUGUAGCAAACAACUGCAUAGUAGCAGGCUGCUGCUACAUGUGGUCACUCAUAUGGCCUUUCUGUGAUUUCAGGAAGCACAUGAUCGUACAGUGACAGCUUAGACUGGCAAUGAUGCAGCAAAGAAGUAUGAAAACUAUGUCUCUCUGCUUUUAAAGACUCAUUAGUACAGAGAGUAGGCCAGGCUAAAGUUAUUGACUCACUUUUUGUUGAUACUGUGAGAGCAAUCUUUGAUCGCACUUGCUGUGAAAGCGUUUUUAUUUUCCCUGGAGCAUGGUGGUUUCUUUUUUCUUAUCCAAUUCGACAGCCCCGCCUGGAAGGGAGUAUAAUAUUUGACGUUCACAGGUGCUGCAAGGGCACUGCCAGUUCUACACAGAAUCAAAGACAGCUUGGCUGCAAAGUGGAACUAAAGCAUUCAAACGAGCGCCUAAUAUGUUUUAAAAGCUCACAGCGUGUUGCAAAACUGCGCGCUGAAAGGCCGCUGCACACAGUGUCAAAACUGCACGCUCAAAGGCACACACAUACACGUAGUAGACAAGCUAGGGCAAACACGGGCAGAUAAAAGUCGGCAAACACCUACUGUACUUAAGCAAUUUCAUAAGAGGGGAGUCUGAGCCAGGAAGAGGUCAGGGUGUGCCAAAAAAGAGAGAGCGAGGGGGAGGCAGAGAGAGGAGAGAGAAAGAGACGCUUAAGAGAAAAAAAGAUAACAGCUGCCGCCAGAACUGAUAAACAGAGUUGCUCCUCUCCCUGAGAUGUUGAUAUGUGUUUAAUCUGCAGAUGGACUCACGUCAUCAGAUCAGAAAGUACAGCCAGAGCCUGUGUGGGAACAGGUUGAGAGGUGUCCUCUGCAUUUGUAGGGCAUUAAAUCCACAAUUUCUGUAAAUAUGUUCGUGACGUGGAAAAUAAGGAGGGAUUAGGAGAUGUGUUGGGGUCUGACGGAAAAAAAAAAGGGAGGUUUGUGUAAUGUUUCUGUAAACCUUAAUCUCAGUGCUUAAAGGUGUGGGAGGCCCCUUGUUAGUCAGAGAUGUGUGGCUCCAAAGUGUUAAUUUAGGGGAUUACUGUAGAUUAUAUAAAUGAGUGGGCAGAGCCUGUGGAUUCUGCAUGACCACAAUGGGAAAUCCCUAAAGACUGUUUCCUCUGAUCUUAUACCUCUUGACUGAGCACAUAUUAGUUCAGACUGAAACAAAGUCGUUCAAAAUCAAACAAAAUAAAGCUUAAGAGCUAAAUCAACGAUGUUUACUUAAUGUUUUCAAACUUUAAUGCUAACAGUCCCUUUCUGUCACCGUCAGGACGAGUUCGACAAACUCCGCCACUUCUGCUACAGCCGCACAGACGCCCUGCUGCUCUGCUUCAGCGUGGUCAGCCCCGCCUCCUUUCAGAACGUCUGGGAGAAGUGGGUCCCCGAGAUCCGCCGCCGAUGCCCCCUCACGCCCAUCCUCCUCGUGGGCACGCAGUGCGACUUGCGGCAGGAUGUGAAAGUGCUGAUCGAGCUGGCGAGGCGAAGAGAGAGGCCAGUGCUGGAAGAAGACGCCAGAGCGCUGUCGGAAAAGAUCGGAGCGGUGACUUACAUCGAGUGCUCGGCGCUAACACAGAAGAACCUGAAAGAGGUGUUUGAUGCUGCCAUCGCCGUGGGGUUGCGCCACUCUGACAGGAGGGCGAGGAGGGAGAGGAAGGUGCGCAGCACGGCUGAUAAGAUGAAGAUGCUCUCCAAGUCGUGGUGGAAAAAAUACGUAUGUGUCCAGUAAGGGUGAAAGGAACAAAUAUCCUGUGACUUAUUGGUGGGGACUGAGUCGGAUGUAAGAACUAUGUGGAUGUUCUCAAGGAUGACCCAGGAUGAGUUUGCCAGAGUGACUUCAACUCAGUGAAGCAACCUGCAGCAGCGUGUGUAAGCUGGGACGAUCCCUUCGCUGAAGCCUAAGAGACAGAAAGCACGAAGCUGUAAGAGUUUUCUGCUACAGCCUUGGAGUGACAGUCAGAGCUCUUCAAUGUGACUGUGACCAGCAUUCAACCAAAAAUAAUGGAGCUAAUAAAGUUUUAUGGCACGUGGACUGCAGAUUAUACUGGAUUUGUCCAAAGGAAAUGUGAGCAGAUAUCAAAGGGAGGGGGGAUGUUAUAUGUAAAAGUGAACCCUUCUGUCCGUCUGUAACCAAGAUAUUUUUGUGUUUUACUCUGUAAUUCAGCCCCCGACAUUUCCCAAGAGAUAACUUCAAUUCCAAUUAAAUUAGAACAUGAAGUUAUGAAGAUUUCGACUGAAUCAAGAAUGAAACAGUUAUUCUACUGAAAAUCAAAGCUGGUCACACACCUUGUUUUUUCAUUCAUUGACACCUCCAGGCUGAUGCGUAAGUGAUCACAUUUGUUCAAACUCGCUCUCUUGGACUACAAUCAAAUCUAAAUGAGUACGAAUUCUUCUCGAGUUCUUGUGGUUUGAACUUGUUGUGCACGUUUGCAGUCCGGCCCUUCAGGAGUGUGUUUACUGAAAGCUUAUUUUCUGCCACGUUUUGAUUUGUUGAUCCAGCUGCCACGCUGUUAGACGACCUCAUGCUUAGAGGUCUGUCAGUUUUCCUCCAGCGUACACCUACUGUAAGAGAUUAACGCAACAAAACGUGAAAAGUUCAGAAGUUCUAGUCGCUCACUUUGACUGAAAGCUUCACCUCACAGCCGGUUUAAUAGAUUUCAGAAGUGUUACAGCUUGCAGCAAUAAAUUGGGUGGUGCCUCUGUACAUUGCACUUAUAACACAGAGACUGAACACAUCACUUAAAUCUUGUCAUAUGAUGGCCUUUGGACCGAUGGCGUGAAUUAGAUAUAGACGAGGAAAAUGCAUCCCUAGUGUUUGAGAUGUCGCUGAAACCAAAGUGGCUCAGCGUACCACAUGACGGGGUCUUUCUUUGACAUCAGAAUCAGGGCCUUAAACGCAUAUUUUUCUAUCAGUACAUCAAAGCUUCCCCUUCUUCUGAAAUGAUCUAGUAAAUGAGGCGAAACCACCAAAGAGACUGAUUCUAUGUUUGCUUCUUAUUUUUCAGAAGCCUGUCGUUCAGCUCUGUCUGUUUAUCUGCUCCACCUGGGCCAAUAACUGAUCAACAGCGAUACAGAGCGGAUAUAUGAAAUAUGUUUGUCAUUAUGUAUGUUACAUAGUAAUCAAUUAUGAUGUUUGUAAUGUCAUCAGGUUAAAUCUGUGUGACUCAGUCAUUGUCUAAAUGGUACUUAACAGUGCGUGAGUGUGUGUGUUCCAGUUGGUGUCUGAGAGCGGUUUGUGGAGCAGAAUGAAAUAAAAUGUGAAAUAAUUAACCUGC